UUGUCAAGCAACUCUAAACUGGUUUGUUAACGGCCAUUAAACACGGAGGAGGAGGAGGAAGAUGGUUGCUGUGUUCGGGGUAGAGCUGUUACUGUGUUAAACUAUAAACUAGUAUACGAGCUAAUUAGUUUUUACAGCUGCAGUACUGUGAGAUCAUCAGGCCCAGUCAGGAUGGCAGACGACAUUCUGUUCGAGUUUCUCCACAUGGAGAUGGUGUCUCAUAUUUACAUGGAGCACACGACUCGAGAAGACAUAGAAAAGGAGAGAGUCACGUGUGUGUCUGUUUUAGAGGGAAUGGGCUUCAGAGUGGGACAAGGCCUCAUCGAGAGGUUUACAAAAGACUGUCCCACCUUUAAAGAUGACCUGGACAUUAUGAAGUUCAUCUGUAAAGACUUCUGGAUGGGUCUCUUCAGAAAACAAAUUGACAACCUGAGAACCAACCAUCAGGGAACCUAUGUCCUACAGGACAACAAGUUUGCACUGUUGACUCAGCUUUCCUGCACAAAGCAGCAGCAGCUUGAAGAAUCCUCGAAAUAUUUGUCCUACACGUGUGGUUUGAUCAGAGGAGCUUUAUCCACUCUGGGCUUGGAGAGUGUGGUGACUGCUGAAGUGUCCUUCAUGCCGUCAUGUAAAUUUCAAGUUGUGAUCCAGAAAACUUAGCAGGGACAAACACCUCUCCUCUCUGUCCGAAUCUGAUGAAUGUAAAAACAUGAAUUUUCCCUGUUUACAAAGAGCCACUUGUUUACAGCACAUGUAUUACUCCAGGCGCGUUUCUUUCAGAGACGAGCAGGUAGAAGAGUGAAGCUGGAAAUCACAUGACUUGAGAUAAGAAGGAGGAACAUAAACCGAGUAAACAUGAAACUUUCUCAUGAAAAUGAUAAAAGUGGCCAUUUGGGCUGCAUUUCUAUUCUGACUCAGGAACUACAAAUGUAAGAGGUUCUGUCAUACCAGCACUCAAACGUUCUUUCUCUUUCACACACACACUUCAGCCACAUCACCUUUAGCUUUAUGUCGUAAACUCAGUAAACGCACACCUUCUCACCGUAAUGUUUCGAAUCUCAUCUUGUCUACCUCUUUCCCCCCAAGAAAAGUUAUCCAAAACAAAUUUGCAGCCAAAAAAUCCUGCAGAGUUUACCCUUCCUCUGAGUUUAUAUUGUUGAAAUUAAAUAAAUGAUGGUUAUUUAUUAAAGAGGAGAAUCUCGGAUAUAAUUAAUUUAUUUAGGUACCUGAUUUAUUCAUUUUUCUUUUACUGUUUCUGAAAGUUUGUCAGCACACUGUGAAGACUCUCUGAAAUUUUGAUUUCUUUUACUUUCAGCAAAUGUUUUCAGCCACAGGCUGAGUCAUUCCCAGUACAUUCAUUUCGUUUACAGUCUGUUCCAGUGAGAAGAACCAAGAAACAUCUGUUUCAGUGUAUUGUACUGUGGCACUUGAACAUGAACACAGCUCGAUGUGAGGUGUUUUUCAGCUGGCGCUCCAGCUGGCGCACCUCUUGGCCAUUAAAGCGGCUCAUUUUUUAUAUCAGUCUCAAACUUUUCACUGUUUGUAAAUGCCAUUUGCUGUGUUCGAUUCAUUUUCUCUGUUUGGGGUUGAGAUGUAUUUUUCUGCCUCGUUUGGGUCUAUGCAACUUCUUGAAGUGAAAGUGACUUUGUUUUGUGAAAAGAAUAAAUUGCAGCAGUUUUGAA